CUUUCUCGCUGCUAGGGUGCGUUGCUGGAGCAAUUUCUUUCAAUCCGCGGCGUCAGAAUUCUCCGUAUCUAUUUUGGCUCAAGCGAUAUGGGCGCAGUGCCCGUUCCAAGCCCGAGCCCGCGCCUCCGCGUGGCGGCAGCGUUGCUUGCAAGUAGACAUGCGCCGCCAUAUCAGUGGCAGUGACACAGAGCCUAUAUCCGACGACGGGUCGACGUUCCUGCCCACCAGGGUAGGGUCGAGACAGUCGCACGAGCACUUGGUGGUGAAGUCUUUUACGGGCGUGGGGGGGAUGGUGCAAUGGCUUGGGGACCGGUGGGCACAUAAGCAACACAUCGUGGUAACAGGCUACGACGCUGACAAGUUCUCCUCGUCCAUGGUGUUUCUCGCCGUGAAGGGCACGAUCGUGUCGAACUGGGUGCUGUGGGCAGAGCAGGCGCUGUGCAUGCUACUUUACUUGGUCUACGCAUGCAUCCACAAGCUGUUCUUCUACAAGGAAGAUGUUGCUGAGUCGCGUGACAGUUUUAAAGCUGAGGUGCGUCGUCUGUCAAGCAGCGUCUCGUACUUGGCUGCAUUUCUGCUAAGCUUCUAGACCUCGCUGACCGUUGCCAGAUGGUGGCGUCUCCGCACAGACGGCAUCGGCAACAUCUGGGCAUCAUGCUCAGAAUUGUGCCUGUUCAUAUCUGAGUUCGUAACGGACGACGAGAAAGUGUUGACUUCAAUUCGACGAUACGCGCGGGCAUCGCUCAUCAUGCGCUUCUUGGAGCGCCGUUUCCCAGGCAAGCUCGCCGAACACCUCUACUUGCUUGUCAAUCUGAACGUGCUGACCGAGGAGGAGGUUAGUAAGCUUCGCGAGUACGAGAAAAAUCUCGCCGAGAGUAUCUGGACGUGGGUGGCACGCAUCGUGAGGAACCUGCACCGCAAGGGUGACAUCAAGAGCGACAUCAUGCUCAACUUCGUCCUGGAGAAGGUGGCGAAGGGGCGUGGCGGUGCCGCGCUCAUCGGAGCACAGAUGGCGACUCCGAUCCCACUGCCGUAUGUCCACCUUCUUGGCCUUCUCGUGAAGCUCCACAACUACUGCCUGGCGCUGUGCACGGGGUAUCUACUGGCAGUGGAUUCCUCCAAGUGGCCAGAGCUCACGGUGAUAGCUUUCUUUGUCCCUUUCCUCUACAACUCGCUCCUUCUCAUCAACGCAGAACUUGCAGACCCGUUCGACGGCGGAGUGAAUGACUUCCCGAUGGAGAGGUACGAGCUCGCAAUGGAGAGCGACGGGCGCAGCUACUUGCAGGCUGGCCUGCACACCCCCGAGUGGAUGCACCUCUCCUGAGGGUGGCGAGGCUGGCUGGACGCAGCGUCCUUCGACUGCGAGCGAGGGGGGAAGUGAGAAGAAGAAAGCGUCCGUGUCCUCGGGGAAGGCUGAGAACAUUUCUCAGAAGGCCUCGGGUAAUCAAUCGCAUCUAGUUUAAAUUCGAAGUAAUUCCAAAUACGGUGUCCGUACGCGCAUGCCUAAUACAGCGGGCGACGGAGACAGUUGAGUACGAGUGCUGAUGUUGCUCCUGCCUGGCUGCGAUGGGUCGCACCAUGCACGGAGGCAUCCGAACGUGGGUCCGAUGUUGUUCUUGUCCGUCUCGUGUGGAGCACAGCCGGCGACGAAGACAGCUGAAUGCGGGUGUUGGUGUUCGUCCUCUGGACGCGGUCGACAUCGCAGUUUUGGCAGUUGGGGACUCGGGCCGUCUCCUCCGCCUCCUCCUAGAAGCACUGCGUGCUUAGCGCGUUGGGCUAAAGGACCUACCGGUCGGUUCAUUGCGAGAGACACGUGCCCGAUUAUAAAAAUAAUUUAAAAAAAAAUCCGCGGCGUCAGAAUUCCCAACCUCUUCCCCAGAGGCAGUUCUGUUA